AAACUUCCAACUACUGUUUCAUUAUUUGGCGUUUUGUGGGAUGGAACUUAACACUAUGUUUGGGAAAGGGUGUAAAUGGAAGGGGGUGCAAGUUUGGAGGGGUAAACACAAGUUCCAAGGUGUUUACCCCCGUUUGGUUAUUUUGUAACAGUAGGGGGGUGCAAAACGUGAGCGUAAAUUCACUGUUUCGGCUUACCCCCCAAAUUGGGGUGCAAGGGAAGGAAGGAAGGGAGGGGGAAGGGGGAGGAGGGGAAUUAUGAAUUUUUAAUUAGAUUAUAAUUACAUAAUAAUUAAUAUUAUUAAUUUUUUCUUAUAUCUAUAUUAGUGUAGAAGUUGUUUGGGGUUGACCGUUUGACUCAGAGAGCAAGUUUGUCAAUGUUCGCCUCGUCAAAUCGAUAUCUCUUAGUUGACCCGAAUUUGCAUUGAAAAUUAGAGAUAAGAAGCGUUUGUUGAAAAGAUAGAGAGGAACAGUUUAGUUAACUCGAUUUACUUUUAAUAAGUAGUUAAAACUUACAGAUUCGAACGUGUUUGACUAAGUUUGACCAUAUUCAAUUUAAAGUUAGGCACGAGAACCCCGUUAGGAUGACUAGUUACGAGUUGGAUUUCGAGUUUCGAGGUUGCUCGACCAAUGAUUAUUAUUGUUGUUAUAAAUAAUUAUAUUUGAGCAUUAUUAUAUAAUAAUUAUUUUUAUUAAAAUUAUUUUUAUUAUUAUAUAUUGAAUUUUCAUGUUAUUAUUUUGUGAUAAUAUUUUAUAAAUUGAUAAAUUUAUUUUAUAAUAAUAUAAUUACUUACUUUUUACUCUAUUUGCACCCCCCUACUUUUUCAUCCAAACAACAAUUUACCCCUCCACUUACACCCUCCACCAAGUUGCACCCCCCAACAAUUUACCACUCAACUUGUACCCCCCUCGAACUUGCACCCCCUUGUUGCCAAACAUAGUGUAAAAGAGCUUCCCAUUCAUUUGGACUUGCUGCCAAACCGAAGAGCUUCCCCUUCUUUUUCUCAAUUGCAGGUGGCAGGUGCACAUACUUUCAGUGUCCUCCAUCUUUUCACGGCCAUACCCCAAAAUCCACAAUCACAAGCCACCACUUUAGCUCCUACACGCCACCGGCCAUCCCUUCUGUUGUUUUCCCUUCCAAAUACAUCUUCCACCCGUUCGUCCAAAAAGAUACUCUACUGUUUUCCUAUCCCAUGCUUUCCGCCUCAAAGCAACUACUCGUGGAUGGCUCUCCAUUCAUGGGUCGCCGGAAACCCAAUUACCAGCGACAAUUUCGUCGAUGUUGUGUGGCCAUUGGACAAGAGAGAAGCAGAAGAAGACUCUGCUCUCCUUCCCUCCUGUCCCAAUCAAAUAUUUGCUUCCCCUUUUCACCUACCAAUACUUCAUGUGGUUUUCAUUUGCUGCUUUCAAAUCCCUGUCGGCGAUGCAGGGGAGAAAUCGGAAGAGGGAAAGGGUCGAGAAGGAGGUGCCAACAUUUGCAAUCAGCUGCGGGAUCCAAACCAAAGAAUAGCCGACGAGAGGCGACCUGGACGUGGACAUGUUGGUCGAAGCCAAAGCUGGAGCAAGAACAGGCGCGGUCUCAAGAUAGGAGACCGAAGUCGUGGCCCGAGACGUGGCCGUUGCUGCAGCACGAGUCAGCACAGCGAGUCGUUGCUACAUCAGAAGUCCGUUUUCACAGGGACGACUGCAUAUUCAAAACAUCUUUCUCGGAGAAUGAUGGGAGCUCUGGAGGAAAUGGUGUUCGUCGAGAUGUGGUAGCAUAGAGUGUGCGUCCAGGAAGGAUGUAGAUUUUAGGCCCCACAACGGCCAAUCUGGCGUGGCUGAAGAGUUUGCGAGAGAAAGUAUUGAAUGGGAAAGAAGAGCCUCUCACAUUCCAAUCUACAGGGGACGGGGGAGAGAGGCGGCGAAGAAGGAGAGGAAGGAAGCGGAUUCUAGGAGGUGUGACCAGCGGUUGAUACGGAGUAUGUAUGCUUGAUUUGGGGUUUCAGUUUCUUAUGCCAGGCUCUGCCGCUUUUUCCAUUGUUGUUUUUAACUUUUGGGGUUUCAAUAAUGCAACCAUAUUCCU